AUGGAUAAUCAAUUGGCUUCUUUAUUUACGUCAAUAAGAAACUUGAAGUCCUACCCUGAUGUUAAUACAGAUACGUUGGUUAAUAAUGAUAUAGAAGAAAAUAAUAGAAAUGUUGCCAGAAGUUUAAACGAUGACAUUAUUUUAAAGGACCAAAUACGGAAUAACAUGAAUAAUUUAUCAAUUGAUGAAAUUAAUUCAAAUUUACGACACUUUAAAACUCAUUUAAGUUAUAUUAAUAAUACUAGAAAGCGACUAACAUCAAUUCAAAAUGAUUUAAAGGAAAUUUUGAAUAACUAUAGCAAUCAAAACAGGGCAACUUUUUCAAGUGGCUCAUUUGAUACCAAUGCUGAUGAUACCUUUACAGCUGACACAACAGAUAUUACCAAUACUUCACAUACACAUACUGUAGAUUCCUCUAACACUGCACCAACAGCUGCUACAACUAAUACUACAAUCCCUCCUCCCCCUUCAACUUUUAUCGAAACUGCGACUGCAACAUCAGUAUCAUCAAAUGGUAUCCAAGUAAAGCCUUAUACAUAUGACAGUCAAGAUCGUAAUAAAGAUAAAGAUGAAGAUGGCGAUCAAAUAAUGGGUGACGCUGAUGAUUUGAUACCAACAUCUUCCCCUCCACCACCACCACCACCACCGCCUCCUCCAUACUCGCCUGUUCAUUCUCCAACAUUUCAAAGUAAUGAUAUAUCUAAGACAGAUCAACCUAUUGAAACAGGAGUUGAAAUUACUAUUAACGAAAAUAAUGAUAAUAAUAAAAUGGAUAUCAAUCCACUUGCCGAACUAGGAACCAAAGAGGAGAAAGCAGCAAAGUUAUCCUCAAAUAAUGCUAAGGAUAUUACAUCGACAAGCACAAACUCUCUGGUAGAUAAUAAUCCAAAUCCACAUAAGAAAGAUAGGAAAGUGAAUAGUGAUAAAGUGGAAGAUACAAAAGUAAAACAGAGUAUAAAGGUACGAUAUGAUAAGAUUACAAUGGAAUCAACUGUUAAUGAUAUUCAAGAAGAUAUCCCUCCUCCACCUUCGCCUCCUCCGCCUCCUCUCACAGAACCUCCUGAAACUUUACCACAACCACAAUCGGUGGAUGAUAACCUACUAAGCUCUCCACUAGUACGUACAGGAAAAACUGCCGGUAAAACAACGCCUCCAGGGUUUGGAUCAGAUAAUAUAAAAGAUGAUCAAUCUCUGAUAACGCCAAAUAAUGGAAUAAUUAUGAACCCUGAUUUGCCGUCGAAACCAAUUGGUAAGCAAUAUUGGCUAAGUAAAUAUUCUAUCGAAUGUUCAAUACAAUUAGGUUGUGAAGUAGCCUAUAAACCAAAGAAAUCAAUUGAUGGCGAAUGGUUUCACUGUGAAGUUGUAAAAGUUUCAUCUGAUGGUAUUAGGUUUGAAGUUAGAGACCCUGAGCCAGAUGAAUUCGGUAAGCAGGGGAAGAUAUUUAAAUGUAAUUGGAAAGAUAUCAUAUUAAUACCUCCGAAAAAUUUAAUUAAGAAGAAUCAAUUAAUCAAUUAUCCAAACGGUUUAAAAGUAUUAGCAAGAUAUCCGGAAACAACAACUUUUUACCCAGCAGUUGUAAUCUCGAAUAAAAGAGAUGGCACAUGCAGAUUGAAAUUUGAUGGCGAAGAGGAGGCUGAUAAGCAGACGGAAGUUCCAAGAAGGUUUGUAUUACCUUUCCCUACAGUGUCUGCAUUCCCCACAAAAAAGCAUUAA